GCUGGGCAUACCAUUUUAUACAUGAAUGAUUCUGAGCCAUGGUCUCCUCCUAGAAAAGAUUACAUGGGUGACCAUCUGCAAAUUGAACAGGGAAUAUGGCACCACAAGGGCUGGUCUAAAGGCGUUAGGUUAUGAGCUUGGCAACGAUGAAUUUCAUGCAAAUCUUCAUGGUAGACUUAUGAGCACUGACCCUGUUUUGAGGAUCGCUCCACUUUCCAUUCCACAGAGAAAAAUAAUAUUCACAAACUCGGACAAGGUUCACGCGGAGGAGGUUCUGGGCAGGCUGGGUUUGGAGGACUGCUUCGAGGGUGUGAUAUGCUUUGAGACAUUGAAUCCACCAGUUGUGCCGAGCAAUGGCCUAAACAAGUCCCAGGAUUGUUUGUUCUCUGUUGAACCAUCUGCUGCAAACCCACCAUUGAAUCAAUGGAGGCUGCAAUUCGGAUCACAAUUAUAUCCCAAGAAAACGUUCCUUUUCGAUGACAGCACACGGAACAUUGCUUCAGGAAAGGCUGCAGGCUUCCACACUGUAAUUUUUGGCAGGUCUGCGGUCGUUUGAGGGGCUGAUCACGCACUGGAGAGCAUCCACAACAUCAAGGAAUCAUUGCCUUAGUUAUGGGAAGGCCAUGACUGGUCAGAGUCGGAUGCCGUUCUUGCUUCCGCCGCCGUUGAAACAGCAGUUGUUUCUUGUGUUGUGUGUCCCAAUGGGUUGGCUAGACAGCAUGCUAAAGGUUGAAUACAUGCAGGAGUAUGAAGCUAAGAUGUGCCCUAUCAUAACAUGUAAACACAGUUCCACUGCACUAUAUCAGUAGAAGCCAGUGUAGUGGAGAACUAGAAUGUGUAGCUGUAGGUGCCUAUUUGUAUUUUCGCGUAACCAAACUAUAAUUACCACGUUUGGACCUAUGUACGAAUAAAGAGAGAACUCUUCCAGAUAUCAGAUUUAACAAGAAUUUAUGCUCUA